UGUACGUAAUUAUUUAUUUCCCUUUCUCUAAUCAAAUUUUGCGUUGACCACCACAUCUUUUCAACAGCUUGUGGUAGCCUCGUUGGUGUUGUUGCGUUGUCAAGAAAUGAAAGACACCAACUCAUGAACGAGCACACACCGUAUAUGACUAUGAGAGAAAUGAUAUAAAUUAUUUAUUCAUAAUUUGCUAUCACACAUCAAAACCAUUUCAUUAGCCAACUAUACAUUUUCUUAAAUGUUGCUUUGAGAUUUUUUUUUUAGUUAAUAUUACCAUUUCAAAGUACGUCUUGUUUUCGAUGCACACUACUAAACAAACCUAAAAUAAAUAGAAAAUACCAUUGGUUUUUAAUUAGCUGAUUUUCUGUUUGUAAGUUAUGGAUAGAGAUGACUUUGUGAUGGGGAAUAAUAGCAAGAGAAAGACAAGCCGAAACAACUCUCACUGAUGAAUGAUGAUAAGUUAGAAUAUCUCUGUCUUAGCUAAAAUAAGACGAAAAGAAAAGGUCGAGAGUUUCAUAUUUUAAAUUUUCAGGGCUGAAGAGUAAGCUUAGUUAACAUCAAAAUCUUCUAAUGUCAAACCCCAUCACUUCUCUUUUGUGUAUGUAUAAUUUUUGUAUUCGUUCCUUGUUUACAUAUGUGCUAAUUAUCCUAUAUUAGUACUUACAGGAGGCAUAUAUAGUAAAAAAUCCGAUUGUUAUAGUUGAAUAAUUCGAUUCUGUAUAAAACGUUACAUAGUCGAACUAAAAACGGAGGGUAAAUAAUAAUAGAUUCUGUUUGUGUAAGACAUAUUCUCUCACACAUACCUUGACGUAUGUAUGUAGGAAUAAAAUACAUGUGCACGUAAACGUAACUAUCCUGCGAGUUUAUUAAUGAUAACGUGAAAGUUGCAGUUACCAUCGUCAUCUUGCACAGGAGAUUUUUCGCGAUCCUACCCUUGUUUUUUUUUUGUCAACGAUCCUCUACCCAUUUAAAACCAAAAAGACGGAAAAAAAAUUACAGUGGGCCGACAUGUCUAUAAGCCCAUGAUACAUAUAGUAGGCUUACUGAAGCUGCAUAGGCUGUAUGAACAAAGAAGGGAAAGAGAAGAGCAAGGAGUAUUAGAGGUCAACAUAAGCAUAAGGAUGGAAUGAAAUGCCAAUACUGAGAUCACAAAGAGGAUGAAGGAAGUAGACAACGACAAGACAAAUUAAAGGAAAGGAGUUUGGAGCUCGUGAAGAUAAAACAAGCUAGGAAGGAGAAGAUGAAGAAUCGAACCAGGGUUCAUGAACUGAGACGGAAAUGGUACAAGAGGUUAACUAUGUUUCAAAUUGAGUUGAUGCUAAGCUAUCAUUAAAACAAAAUAUUAAAUCCUAGAAUCCAACUAGUUUCUUUCCAUUAUCAAGAAACAUGAUUUGGAGAAUACUUAGAAAAGGAAUGAUAUUGGGUGUAUUAAGACAUAUGCUAGCUGAUCAAGCAUGGGAAUCAAAAAAUUUAGUUUACAACAAAAAAGUUGAUACUAUGAUCAAUAAUGCACGAAGGUAUAUAUAUAUCACGCAGACUGUAAGGCGCCGGCUUGCAAUGCAUGCAUUUUGCAAAGAUGUAACAGCGCUACCCUAGUUUAAAAACCCAAUGAACCACAACUCAUGGUCAUCAACAGAGAUUACCUGGAUGUACUUUUCUGCAGGUUUGACUGUACUUGUCGAAGGUCUAACCUAUUUAAGUUGAUGUAACGGGACACUACUAAGUGGUUAAAUAAGAUACAAUGCACUAAUUAAGCAUAUAGUAUGCACAUGAAAUGUGGUAAUAGAAUUCAAAUGUGAAUAUAAGGAAGAAUAGUAUAUACCUUAACAAUAGAAUUCAUAAGUUUAAUUUUGUUGGUUUUAGAAUUUCGGUUUAGUUUUUAGUUUGGCUUUGGUUUAGGAUGAAGGACUUCAUCAUACACAUUGCUCAUAAUAAUAUAGAUGUCAUCAUCAUACACAGAUAAUAAGUUGCUUGUCUGCCUCGUCUAGCCUUAGUGGGAACCAAGUAAUUGCGCGUGGAAUUGACUCUUAACAUAAACAAAAGAUAUUCCAAGCAUAUAGGUUGUCACGAAAUAUGUCAUUUUGUUAAUUCGAUGUAAACUAGUCUAAAAUAAAUUGCUACAAAACUAACGAGUUAUUACUUGUUACAUUGCAAGAUGAAUAAAAUUUCUUCCAUGUUUCAAGCCGCCAAACGUCACGACACAUGGUAUAUAUAAGCUUAAGAAAAGCCAAGGUCACUAUAGAUCAAGCUGCAUUGACACGGUAAACCAGAAAGUGAAGUUAUUUACAACCUGUCAACAAUAGCUAAUUACCCAUUUUAAAUAUAACACAUGGUUAUCUACAACUCUUAUAUAUAUAUUAUAUGCUUCCGGUUAGUGCUCCUCCAUGUAGAUGGUUCCUCGAGAAAACUUCCCAAAUCAAGAGACUUGGUAAACACUACUUUUGAAAUUCCAAAUCAAUAAACAAAUACUUAUAAGAGGUGUGUAUCUAUGUACGUGCUUGCAUGAUUAAACUGUCCAGAUACUAAAUAAUAAUUCUAAAAUCAUUGAGUUUUGUAGGAUUAAAUAUAAUCUUGUUAACUAUAUAUAUACAAACCCUUUUCUUCAUUUCUCCACCACCAACGAAGACAAAGAGCUUUUCUCAGUUUCUCUAUCUCUACAGACAACGAAAGAAGUUUGAAACAGAGAUCGAUGGCAGCUCUUAAGACAAUGCAAGCUCUGAUCUUCCUUGGUCUAUUGGCCACGUCCUGUAUGGCUCAAGCUCCGGCUCCAGCACCCAUCAUGGUUCUCCCACCGGUAGAGUCUCCCUCUUCUCCUCCUGCUAUGACACCAACCGCUGAGCCACCUUCUCCGGUACCGGUUGCUUCACCACCGGUUAUGGUUCCCGAGCCAACUCCAGCUCCGGCGACUCCUCCCACCGUCUCACCACCGACUAAGUCUCCCAAAACUUCCCCUGUCGCUUCUCCCCCGAAACCAGAAGCUAUGGCUCCAGGCCCAUCAGGCCCAACGCCAUCGCCAGCUCCGGCUCCUGAAGGACCAAUCGCUGAUUCAGCAUUGACUAACAAAGCUUUCCUUGUGAGCACUAUCAUUGCCGGAGCCUUGUACGCUGUCGUUUUGGCUUAAGAGAGCCCUGAGUAUAUUACACCCUUCUCUAUUUAUCAUUUGGUUGUUCUUGUCAUAAUUUGUUUGAAGAUUUUUUCUCUGUUGCUCUAAUACAGUUUGUGUUUCUUCCUCUUUGUUGGUGUUAA